AUGGAAGGGGAGAUAGAGGUGGAGAGCAGCAGUGAUGUGGGUCCGUCGGGGUCCGGAAUGGAGGAGCCGUCGGAGAGCGGUAUGGGCAUGGAGUCCUCAGAGGCCAUGUCGGCAGACAGCAGUGAUGCAGCAUCCCGCCAUCACAGCCAGCACCACCACAGCAUUGCCCCAGAGUCAGACUGCCACGUGGGACAGAGCUCAGAGGGGGUCCUGGUGUUCCUACCAGAGACUAGUUCCAGUACGGAUGUCACCCACCACAGGGCCACCGUCCACCUCCCAGACUCCUCCUCUGUGGCCCAGUCCACCAGCGUCUCCACUGUAACACAGUCCAUCCUGGUGUCUGGGUCAGCCCAGGUGAUGGUUCACUCCAGCGCGGCGGUGUCUGACUCGACAGCCUCCACCUCCUCAGAUCUGGGAUCAGCCAUAGACAAGAUCAUAGAGUCUACCAUCGGACCCGACAUCAUGAAUGGUUGUAUAGCAGUGACCAGUGCAGAGGACGGAGCUGCAGAGACCAGUGAGGCCCACACGUCAUCCUCGGCCCUGUCCAGCCAUCACCGCAUCACCAUCGAGGCUCUGGGAGAGGGUCCUACCUCCACCUGCCACGACCAGGGAGACAUGCAGGAUAACCUGGACCCUGACCAGCCAGACCAGCCCUCUGGCAGCCAUUACCCAGACCAUGAGGACCAGGAGAACCAGCCCCAGCACUCCCACGCAUCUCAGUAUAUGGACUGUAGCGGUGGAGAUGCAGACGGACCUGACCAGACUGGAGAGUCGUCCUCCUCGUAUGUAGACGACGAGGAAUCUGACCAGACUAGGAUCUCGUCCCGGUCUCUGUCCCGCUUCCCGGAGUACGGUGUAGUCGACAACGCUGACCAGGACCUGCGGGGGUACGUGGAGGGUAGCGGAGCCGCCGACUCCAACCCCUCAUCCCCCGGCGUUCGACGACGCCACACUCACUAUGUUGUGGACUGCAGUGCGGGGACGGAGGUGUACCUGGAGUGUGAAGAGGAUUUGAGGCCGCAGCACUCUCAGAGCUACAUCGACAGCAGCAGCAGAGCUAACCACUCCCAGGGUCACCGAACCCUGCCUAACCACUCCCAGGGUCACCGAACCCUGCCUAACCACUCCCAGGGUCACCGAACCCUGCCUAACCACUCCCAGGGUCACCGAACCCUGACUAACCACUCCCAGGGUCACCGAACCCUACAGCAGUAUGUGGAGUUUGUUGCUGCAGAUUCAGAGCAGCCCGGUUAUUCCAACUACCAGGAUCAGGAAGGGCAAAGGGAGGACCCAAACAAGAGCCCAAACCAGAACCAGGACCCAGACCAGCCACAGCACUCUGACCAGCAGCAGCCCCAGCACUCCCACUACAUGGAGACCACCAGCAGCAGCACUGGCCCAGAGGCCUCCCCGGGGUGGUACACUGGAAUAGGGGAGGGAGGCGAGGGCUCCUCCACAGACCACCACCACCCCCAGGCAGACACUGUGGGAUCAGUCCACCACCACCCCCAGGCAGACACCGCAGGCUCAGCAGAGGCUAUGGAGUGCACAGAGAGCCAGCCUGGCCCUUACAUCAGCAGCAGUUGGACCUCCUCCUCCCGCCUGGAGCCUGAGGGGAGAGGAGGGUGGCGUGGUGGGGGGUCUAGAACUUCAGCUGUGGAGGGGGGCGGGGCUGGAAGAGGACCAGGGGUCACCAUCCCCCACACCAUGGCUGAACUGGAGGAGAUGAUGGAGGUGGUGAUCGUUCAGCAGUUCAAAUGCAAGAUGUGUCCCUACAAAAGCGUCUUCAAAGACACCCUCAUCAACCACAUGAGAGACCGGCACUUCAAACCCACAGGUGGCCCCCCUCCUAAGAAGCGUGGUCGGCCCAGGCGUAGUGAUACGUUGGCCCGUCAGCAGGCUGAGGUGAAACCAGAGCCACAGCCUGAGGAGCCAGAGGACGAAGACAUCGUAGACGCUGGGGCCAUCCAUGACUCUGAAGAGGACAGUGACUAUAACCCAGCAGAUGUGGAUUGUAGGGACAGACAGCCUCCCCUGCUGAGACAACCUGCCCCUCCUCCCUGCUCCUCCACAGACCGCCCCCGACGCAGGGUGGGUCGCCCCAGGAAGUUCACCUACACAGAGGACAGCUACAACUGCAAGGAAGCUGAGGGUGCAUUCAAGCAGCGUAUCGAGAGUGUGGACCCUCAAGGCUCCGAGGAAGCCAGUUCCUCAGGCCUGGGAAACGGACCAGAUUCCUUGGCCAAUGGAAAAGCAGUGGAAGCCGGCAUCAGCCAGUCAGACUCUGAGAACAAAGACCCGUCACCCAAUGGGAGGCCGGAGGAGGCAGAGUUUUUCCCUAGGAAACGAGGUCGACCCUCCAAGAGGUUUCUCCGCAAGAAAUGCAAGAAGUACAUGAAAUAUUACACGUCUCUGAAGCCCCUCCUGAGGCCUCACAACUGUUGGAUUUGUGGCUCUCGCUUCCUGUCCCAGGAUGACUUGAGGUUCCAUGUAGACUCUCACCAAGGAAACGACCCAGAGUGCUUCAAGUGCCUGCAGUGUAACUACCGUUGCAAACGCUGGUCCUCGCUCAAGGAACACAUGUUUAACCACCAGGGGAACAAGCCCUUUAAGUGUGAGGAGUGUGACUACAGCAGUGUGUAUAAGAAGGACGUCAUUAGACACUCUGCAAUACACAACAAGGACAAGAAAACAAAGUCCGAGUCUCAGGUAUCUAAGGUGUUGUCGUUCCCGUGUCCAGUGUGCCAUAGAGUCUACCCCAUGCAGAAGAGACUCACUCAGCACAUGAAGACACACAGUGCUGAGAAACCACACAUGUGUGACAAGUGUGGGAAGUCCUUCAAGAAGAGAUAUACGUUCAAGAUGCAUCUCCUCACACACAUCCAGAGUGUUGACAACAGCAGGUUCAAGUGUGAGUUCUGUGACUAUGACUGUGAGAACAAGAAGCUCCUGCUCAACCACCAGCUGUCCCACGCCAACGACCGGCCCUUUAAAUGUGACUACUGUAAAUACUCAACCUCUAAAGAGGACUUCCUGGUCUCUCACCUGGCCAUCAAACACACAGGAGAAAAGCCGUUCUCCUGUGAGAUGUGCCACUUCAUGACGAAGCACCGUAAGAACCUGGGUCUGCACGUCCAGUGUCGCCACCCGGAGGCGUUUGAGGAGUGGAGCGCUACGCACCCUGAGGAGCCCGUCAGGCGGAGGAGGAGACCCUUCUUCACCCAGAAACAGAUAGAGGAACUCAAACAGCAACACGACGACACAGCGGGCCUACAGAACACUAUAGUAGCAGUGGAUUCUGACACACUACAAGCCAUGCAGACAAUGCAGAACGCCUCAGUCUCCCAAGAUGCAAUGGGAAACACCACCAUCACUUACGAACAGGCCGGGAAUUCGGACCUGUCAGCCCAGAAUGCUCUGGAUCUGCUGUUGAAUAUGAGCAACGCCAGACAGUUGGUGGAAAACUCACUACAGGUACAGAUGUUGAAAUCAUCGGACUCCGAGGUUCUAAAAGCGGGCUCCUGGACAGCGGUUACCUCGGCGACCGGGGGAGCCCAAAAGGUUGUGACGUUCCACAUGUCUGAGAAUGGGGAGACCCUGGUGCAAGAGGUCCAGGAGGUCUAUGAGGCUGGGACCAAUGAGAAUGGAGAGAUUACUCAGAUAGCCAUCCAGGCCUAUGAGGGGGCAGAGGGCUUCAGUGUGGUGGAACAGAUGGAACAAAGCACUGGCCCUGGAUACAGUAGUGACGUGGGCAGUCCCCAGCCCAUGGAGGAAGAGCAGGAGGGAACAAAAACACUCAAAGAGAACAGAGACACCCAGUACUACCUGACCUCUGGUGUGGGGGAUGGAGUUCUACAGCAGGUAGAGCUAAGCAGUGAGGUCCCUGGUUCCCCCUCCAUGGUGGCAUCCCCCCAGGACCAGAACCAGCUCAACCCAAAGAGGUUCUCCUGUCGUAUCUGCUUAGAGUCGUUCCAGGGCCGCAGUGACAUGGAGAACCACAAGAGGGCCCAUAUUGACCCCUCCACCUUCAAGUGUCCUGACUGUGACUUCACUGCCUCCUCCUGGCCAGACGUCAAGACCCACAUGGGCAUGCAUACCUAUCUGCGGCCUCACAAGUGCCCCAGCUGCAGCUUUGCCUCGAAAAACAGGAAGGACCUGAGGAGACACAUGAUGACGCAUACCAACGAGAAGCCCUUCACCUGCAAGAUCUGUGGACAGAGGUUUAAUCGUAACGGCCACCUCAAGUUCCAUUUGGAGCGACUCCACAGCCAGGACCCUCCGACAAAGAAGAUCCAAUCUGGAGGAGGCUCCCAGCAGCAGGCCUUUAUAGUCAGCAAUGACGAGGAGGCUCUCGCCAUGCUACAGUCCCUGCAGGCAGGACAAACCAUCAGUCCGGAGCAGCUACAGAAGGCCCUGGGUCAGGACCACAUUAUAGUGUCCCAGGAACAGGGCCUGGAAGACGAGGAGGAGGCCACGUACAUCCAGCAGAUCACCACAGCGGACGGACAGACGUUACAGUACAUAACAGGAGACAACCAGGUCCAGUAUGUCAUCUCUCAGGAUGGAGUCCAACACUUCCUACCCCAGGAGUACGUGGUGCUAGCAGACGGGAACCACAUCCAGAUGUCAGAUGGACAGAUCAUCCAAUAUGAGAAUGAUGGGGCCUUCCUACAGGAGCAACAGAUUUCCCUGAGUCAUGACAGCCAGAUCCAUUAUCUUCCCGUCAGUUCAGAACAACAGAUAGUCAGACCUGAAGACUUGGAGGUUGCUGAACACUCUGCUGUCACCGUCAUAGCAGAUGCCGCCAUGCAGCAGACACAGACCGUCUACACUGAGGCCACACAAGAACAGCUGGAGCUGCUACAACAGCAGGGCAUCCAGUAUGAUGUCGUCACCUUCACCGACGAGCAGAGAUGACAUCUUCACCUUCAGACACUGAUGUUGGAUGUGAUGUCACUGCUUUAAAGGACAGAGAGAUGGGCCUGCAGUGCAGGACCCAGUGUGAUAGAACCAUAUGAGCUGACAGUGGGGCCAGUGACAUGCAUUGUUUUUUUUAUUUGAUUGAUUUAACCUUUAACUAGGCAAGUCAGUUAAGAACAAAUUCUUAUUUACGAUGUUGACCUAGGAACAGUGGGUUAACUGCUUUUUUUUACCCCUUAUCAGCCUUUGGAUUCGAUCCAGCAACCUUUCGGGUUACUGGCCCAACGCUCUAACAACUAGGCUACCUGCUGCCCCCCCCUAGUAGCCAUCGUUUAGGAAGCAAGGCUCUGCACCCAAGCUACAAAUCAUCUUGUAUCCCAAACAACUACAUUACAUGAUCAGGAUUAGCAAUUCUGGGCAGUGCCUUGCUCAACUGAUCCCCCCCAAACACGGUGCUCUACUCUGAUGUCUGUGAUACUUUUGUGUAUAUAUAUAGUGUAUGUGGCCACCCCUUCGAAUUAG